UACGUUCCAUGAAAUAUCAUAGAUUCAUGAAAAAUCGUGUUGUGUUCUUUCUUUGUGCUAAGUGAGGUUUAAAGUCACUUUUUCGCACUGCGUGUUAUUUCGUUACUGUUCGUUUGCAAUCAAACAUGCCGAGAAACAUCCGCAACGGCAAUUUCCGUGGUCGUGAUAACCGUGGUGGCCGCUAUCAAGGAGGAGAUCGGCAAUAUGACGCAGGAAAACAAAGAUAUGAUCACCAUGACGAUCGCACGGAACGUGAUGAUUAUAACGAUAGGAAUCGGAACGACAGAAAUAUGACGGAUGUGAAGCGAAGGGUCAGCUUCAAACCGUCCAACGGGAACCGUGGUAAAGGACGCAUAACGGAAGGCCUAAUUCGCGCGCACAUCAACGAUGACGACGAAGCGAUGGCCGGUGAUACCUACGACGGUGAUCUCCGCACUUUUGUCAACAACCGGAAGAACGGUAUCAGAAGGCGCAGCGGCUCGCCGAUACCGCGUGGCGGACAAACCGGAAACAUGAAUCGUCCAAGGCUGGUCCAGUCAAACACCACUUGGUAUGAAGUGAAGAUACCGUACGGUCACAAGUACGACAAGGAAUUCAUACUACGCGCGAUCCAACAGGCUAUAAAGCCGAACGUAUUCAUUCCGCUGUACUGGCGGGUGAUCGAAUCGGCCGCCCUGUUCUACGUGGAGGAUUUCAAGAUUGCCGAAUUGAUUCAGAAAGCUAACCGCACCAUCGAAACUCCCGAUAGGCGUCGUUUGAUACUUGUGGUGCGCAACAGCCAACCCAACAGUCCGGUAAACGAUCAGCUAAAGGAACGCAUGAAGCAGGCCAUGCAGAAGCGAUACAAUCCGGCUACCAAAGCGUUGAACUUAGAGAAAUUCCACGCGGAUCCGGAUCUAAGCGAUAUCUUCUGCGCUUUGGCUCGCCCGCAAAUCAUCCUGGCUGCUGUUGAUAUCAUUUCCGAGCAUAUUCCCGAGCUGGAAGCGCUUAACCUUAACGAUAACAAAUUGUACAUGCUCGAUCAUCUGCGGUCGAUGGCAAACAAAAUUCCCAAUCUGAAAGUGUUAUACCUCGCCAAGAAUAAGAUUCCGUACAUCAACACACUGGACAGCUUGAAGGCGCUAAAGCUGCGGGAACUCAACUUGGAGGACAACCCACUACGGCAACGCUACGAGGAUCAAACACUCUACGUCAGUGAAGUGCGUAAACGGUUCCCGAAGGUCAUCAAGCUGGAUAAUAUCGAUCUGCCGCCACCGAUCAGCUUCGACAUCCCGGAGGAUGAUCAAAAGCAACCGCAGGCCAAAGCAUCCUUCCUGGCCAACCCUGCCAGCACCGAUCUGGUGCGCCAGUUCCUGGAGCAGUACUAUGCGCUGUACGAUUCCGACAACAGGCAACCUCUGCUGGAAGCCUACCACGAGCAUGCAUUGUUUUCGCUCACAGUCAACACGUACCAUCAAAACAAUCAGCAAAAAUUGGGUGCCUACGUGUCUGCGAAUCGUAACAUCAAGCACAAAACUGACCUGGACACUCGGUGUCGGUUGCUAAAGCAGAGCCGCUUGCAAGUGGUAUCGUACCUUUCGGAACUUCCGCCAACCAGGCACGAUGUACAUUCCUUCGCGGUGGAUUUAACCUUUUUCACGCCCCAAAUGCUACUACUGACCGUGACGGGUGUGUUUAAGGAGCGUAAACCUGCCGGUCAGAAUGAGCCGAUGCGAUCCUUCCACCGUACGAUGGUGAUCGUACCGGCCGGUGGUGGAUUCUGUAUCCGCAACGAUAUGCUGCACAUCAACAACACGCUGUCAGUACAGGACGAGAAAUGUUUCAAAGGGCCACGGCCGGCGGUGCCAACUCCACCGGGGGCAACGGCGGCGGCGGCGGUACCGGCAAAUGUUGCGGGCCCUGCUGUGUUACCAACGACGGCGCCGGACGACAAUACUAAGCUGCAGAUGGUGCAGGCGCUAGCGGUCACGACCGGCAUGAACCUCGAGUGGAGCAGACGCUGUCUGCAGGAAACGAACUGGGACUACGAGCGGGCCGAGUUUGCGUUUCGCGAACUGCAAAAACAGAAUCAAGUCCCCCAGGAGGCAUUCAUCAAACAAUGAGCACAAGUAGUUAUGGAUCGCGACUACUUUGUGCGUUCUUUUUUGUGAAGCUGUAAGCAUAGACAAAGCUAACUCGUUUUGGGGGUUAGAAUUAAUUAGUUCACUUUUAAUCUUAGCUGUACAGGUCACCGUAUAGAAAACAACAGAAUGCAUUAGUUGAAAAGUAUCAAGGCGAUGAGUGGAUGCGAGGUUGAAAUAAUUAGAGGAUAUGAUUUCCGUUUUAUAAUCACAUUUUUAACCAGUUUCGUACGCCACGCGGUGGCAUCUUCAUCACAACAAUUUCCUAUAUUUUUCUGUUAUUCUGUUUUAGAGAUAUUUCCCCCUUUUUUAAAUAUUUGCCAGCGUUUGAUCACAGUUUUCGCAGUGGCGUAUUUUGCACAAUGGUUCCUUCAAUGUUGUACGCGCUUUAAGUCUGCAAUUUAACACAUCUGUUAUCAUUCGCUGAGCAUGCAAUAAAGGCGAUGAUGAUAGCUUAUCUAUUAUCCAUAAUUAAAACAAAAACAA